GGACAAGGUAAAAUCAUGAAUAUUUAUGUAAAAAUGUCUGAGGGUGGAAGGCAAUUGGGCAAGGGUUUAAGUCACUCCACCACGUCCGACUAUGAACUCUCACUCGACCUCAAAAACAAGCAGAUCGAAAUGUUAGAACACAAAUAUGGGGGCCACCUCAUCUCACGUCGUGCCGCCUGCAAAAUCCAGACGGCCUUCCGCCAGUACCAGCUCAGCAAAAACUUUGAGAAGAUCCGUAACUCCCUCCUUGAGAGUCGCUUGCCACACCGUAUUUCCCUGCGAAAGGUGCGUGUGCAAAAUACAGAGGGAAUUUCAGCUGAACGGGCCCUGGCCCAAGGCUGCAAUCUGCCGAGUAUUCCGCUUGUCCGAUCUCCAUCCUUGCCAACCACAGUGGGCGGUACACUCACAGACCUGGAGGAUUCCUUCAAUGAGCAAGUCCAGUCUCUUGCCAAAUCAAUUGAUGAUGCUCUCAGUAACUGGAGCAUGGAGACAAUGUGUUCCCUCCAAGAAGGUGGUACCUACCAAUUUAGCUCAGAGUCCUUCAGUACAGCUGGUGACAAAAUUGGGGUAGCAGGGAAAGUCCGUGAAGGUGGCCCCAUGGACCCUGCUUCACUCCAGAGUGGAAUUGGCCAAGCAGACAACUCUGAGAACACAGCCCGGAGUGCCAGCAAGCUGAUGAUGGCCUUCCGGGACGUGACAGUUCAGAUUGACAGCCAAAACUUUUGCAUGUCGUCUACCGUUAUGGAAUCUUCCACUUCAGUCUCUCUCAGUAAUUGUGUCCAGCAAGAGGCCAUGGUUAAUGAGAGCCCACCACAACCUCCAGUUAGUGAGGCAAAGGAACAACCUCCACAAGGGCAACCACCACCACCACCUCCCCAGGAUCCAACUCCACCACCUCUAGAGCUGGAUGCUGAGGAGGUGCCUGAUGGUGACUUCCCGGCCCCUCCACCAAGUGAGGAGGAGCUUUGGGAGGAGCCACCACUUCUGGCUAAGUGCAUUGAGUUGGACACAGCGGAUAAUAGCUCAGAGCAGAUGAGUAGCAGCAGUACAUCCACAUCUGCCCGCUCAGCUUCGGAGGUCUCGCCCAAAGAGCCUCUGCAGGCCAUGAUCCUAAGCUUGCCCCGCUACCACUGCGAGAACCCAACCAGCUGCAAAUCUCCAACCCUCUCCACUGACGUAAUGCGAAAACGCCUGUACCGUAUUGGUCUCAACCUCUUCAACAUAAAUCCAGACAAAGGCCUCCAGUUUCUCAUCUCACGUGGUUUCAUUCCGGAUACGCCCAUCGGUGUAGCUCACUUUCUGCUCCAGAGGAAGGGGCUGAGCCGGCAGAUGAUUGGCGAGUUUCUUGGCAACAGCAAGAAGCCCUUCAACAGAGAUGUGUUAGACUGUGUGGUGGAUGAGAUGGAUUUUUCGGGGAUGGAGUUGGAUGAGGCUCUGAGGAAGUUCCAGUCUCAUAUCCGCGUGCAAGGUGAAGCACAGAAAGUGGAAAGACUGAUAGAGGCAUUCAGUCAGCGUUACUGUAUGUGCAAUCCGGACAUCGUGCAGCAGUUCCACAAUCCAGAUACCAUCUUCAUCCUCGCAUUUGCCAUCAUCCUCCUCAACACAGACAUGUACAGCCCCAACAUCAAACCCGACCGCAAGAUGAUGCUGGAAGACUUCAUCCGCAACCUGAGAGGAGUUGAUGAUGGGGCUGAUAUUCCUCGGGACAUGGUGGUUGGAAUCUAUGAACGAAUUCAACUGAGGGAGCUACGCUCGAAUGAAGACCAUGUCACUUAUGUCACCAAGGUUGAGCAAAGCAUUAUAGGAAUGAAAACAGUUCUAUCAGUGCCUCACAGAAGACUGGUGUGCUGCAGUCGACUGUUUGAAGUGACUGACAUCAACAAAGCCCAGAAGCAAGCAGCUCACCAGAGAGAGGUCUUCCUCUUCAACGACCUACUUGUGAUUUUGAAACUGUGUCCAAAGAAGAAGAGUUCAGCUGCCUACACUUUCUGCAAGGCUGUGGGUCUGCUGGGCAUGCAGUUCCACUUGUUCGAGAAUGAAUACUAUCCUCAUGCAAUCACUAUCUUAUCUCCAUGUUCGGGGUCUGAUAAGAAGCAGGUGUUGAAUUUCUGUGCUCAGAACGCUGAGGAACUGCUGAAGUUCGUAGAGGACCUGAAAGAGUCCAUCGCUGAGGUGUCUGAGAUGGAGCAGAUACGUAUUGAAUGGGAGUUGGAGAAGCAACAGGGAGCCAAAACUCACUCCAUCAAGAACAAUGGGACUCAGCUUGAGUUGAGGGGCAGGCAAGGUUCUCCUUCAGGCAAACAGGAAAUGAACACAUCACAGAGUGGACACAAUGCAGUAGAGGUGUCAAUUCACAACAGGCUUCAGACGUACCAGCUCAGCACAGCGCUGCCGAGCCCUGAGAGUGCCGCCAUACUCAACCACCAGAGGGAGCUCUUCCAACAGCCGCCAUUGCAAUGCGCCAGCCCCACAAUCUCACAUGCCCACCAGCCUGUGGCCCUGGCCGACAUACGACCCGACACGCUAAUUCAGUGCCAGCAAAUCGUCAAGGUCAUCGUCUUGGACAAAGGUGGUCAUGGUCGAUUGGAGGCAUUCCUCAGCCAGAGUCCCACUCAUCACCAGCUCAUCCAAUCUGUUGUCUCCACGCCAGUACGUUCACCGAAUGGAGGAGGCAACCAGGGUGGGAAUGACAGUUCACAGCCCCCUCUACCUCCACCACCCCCACCAUAUAACCACCCUCAUCAGUAUAUACCCCCAGAUCCGCGCCUAGGGCUACAGAGGACCCCUAGUGGCUCUCGUAUCCUGAUUUAGAGUUCAAACCAACUUAGUUUUAAGAACUAAUAAACACUCCAGGCGCACUUUU